AUGUCUCCUCAUUCGCUCUUCAUUGGUGGGCCGCUCAGUGGUUCAGCUUCAGCGAAGCCUACAAAUCCGGAAGUUGAGCCAUCACUCUCACGAGAGCUUCUGGACGACAUGACAGAAACAGCACAGACGUGGGCGAAUGUCUCUUGCUUUGCUGCGGGCUGCGGGAAGGAUGGAGAUGGACAGAGACAGGUAUGUCAGAGACACAGAACGAGAGGAGCAGAGCAAAAGGGCAAGAGAUCAAAAGGAGACGAAAUCGGUGGCGCCGGUUGUAUGUUUCAAAACGGCAAGUCUCUAGCGGCGUCGCUACCGUCCUCCACGUUCCUUCUUCUCAUCGUCCUCCUCCUUCUUCUCCUUCUCCUUCUGUUCCUUGGGUGUGUCGUGGGUGCCAUGUACUUGUGA